AUGCUUCAAUUACAUGGUGAAAAUGAACAUUUUGGUUCAUUACCAAGUCUUCGGACACAUGAUCAUCCGCGUCUUAGUAUUAUAACAACUGAUCGUCCUGAUUCUUCACAACUUGUUGAUUUACACAUCUAUAUUGUCCCAAAAAAAGUAUGGAAAGAUGUUCAACGUUUAGCUACAAAUGAAGCAAUGGAAGAUGCUGUAUCAGCUGGUUUUGUUCGUGUACCACCAAAUAUGACAAUACGUGAAUUACGUAAAACAAUUGAAGUUUUAUGUGCAAAAGAUAGUUAUUUUCCACAAGAUUAUAUUUAUCUUCGAUCUGUUGGUAGAUCUAUGACAAAAGUUAAAUCAAAACAAGAAGAUGAAUUAAGAGUUAAAAACUAUCGUCCACCACAGACAUUUGCACCUGAGAUCUAUUUACUUGAAGGUCGACAAGAAGAUUACGCACCACCUGUAAGUGUUUCACCAUCAAAUUUAUCAAUUUGUGAUCUAUGCGGUAAUCAUCAUGGUAGUGGUGAACAUCAUGAUAAUGAUCCUUCUGAAUAUAAUAAACCUCGUCAUACUCUUAAUGAUCUUGGACGAUCACCAUCAAGACUUACUCAAAAUUAUCAACGACAACCAGUACAAGGUGGAAGAAAUUAUGGUUCAAAUGAACCAGUAGAAAGACAAAGUUACACUAAAUUACCACAAAUGCGUUCGGAUCCCGAAGACUCAUCAACACAUAAUUUAUCGAAAUUAAAAGAAGAACAAGAACGUCUUCGUCGACGUCAAGCUGAACUUGAACGAAUGCGUCGAGCAGCUGAACAAAAAAAGGCGCAAACGGAUCGUAGUGAUGGAGAUCGUUCUCGAUCCGAUGCCGAAGACGAAGCUCCUAAGAGAGCUCACGCAUCUUCUUUUCGUGGAUAUAAUGAUCGUCAAGUACUUCAAGAACAAAAACGAAAUACAAACAGUCUUGAACGUACGAGAAAACCUGAAGAAAAAAAAGUAACAAUCAAAAGUCAAACACCACGUCCAGAAUUACGACCACGACCAUCACUUAAAGCAACACCUUCGUUAACCAAACAUGAUGAACCAAAACCAUCAAAUUUAAAACGUACAAGAUUAGGUGGCAAUAAUAACGAUCAUGAAAAUGCACGACAUGAAACUUCGUUUUUAUCAACAGAACGUUCCGAAACUAAUCGUUCAAAUUCGGUAUCACCAAUAUCAAUAAAAACUCCAAGAACAGCUAGUCAAUCAGAUUCAUUAAUAUUAUCGAAAACUAAAGACAUAAUUGGUACACCAAUCGAUUCACCUAUUUAUCAAUUAUCAAGAAAUGAAACUAUAGAUCAUAGUGAUGAUGAACAACAUAUUUCAAUUAAGUUUACUAACAAAUCUCCAUCAAGAUCAACGCCUGAAAUGACGGCUGAGGAGAAAAUAAUUAAUGCUGAGAUUGAUUUGGAACGACGUAAUGCUGAAUCUAAACGACGUCGACAAUUGGAAGAAGAAGAAGAACAAAAGAAAAAAGGCAAUAAUCAUCGACGAAGAGAUAUAUUCAAAGGAAUAGGAGAUGAUCCUGAUGCAUUACGUACUCGUCAUCAAGAACUUCGUACUCGUCGUCUUGAUUUAGAAAAAGUUCGUGAAGAAGUUAUAAAACAUUUAAAAAAUAUUCAUAAUCGAAUAACAUUACGACGAAAAGAAGCACGUGAUAUGUGGAAGAAAAAAUAUUUUAAUGAAAAGAAAAAACAUCCACAAUUAGAUGAACGUAUUUCGACAUUAAAAACUGAAUUAGACCAAAUACAUAAAAAAACUUCGCAAACAAUGGAAGCUGAAGCAAAAUAUGCAGCACAAAUGGGUUAUAUAAAAGAAGCUGAAGCUGGAAGUUCUAUUGCACAAAUAACACGUAUUAAUCAUGAAAAUCAAGAUAUUCGUCAUCAACUUGAACAAGCAAAAUUACGUUUAACAACUGAUGUUAAACUACGAAAUCAAGCUGAAAACGAAUGUCGAUUAUUAAAACAUGAAUUAAAUCAAGCUAAAAUGAACUUAAAUGACAUAAAAUCUCGUGCUGGACCUUAA